CCCUCACUUAAUUUACCCACGGCCACGCCAUUUUUUCUCCGACUGACGAUCCCACAUUUUUUUUUCUCUAUUCUUUUUCUUGCAGGUUGCAUUCAUAAUUUUUCGUCGCUCACUUCUUUGUUUUUCUGCAAUCUAAACUACCUCGCAGCUUUCUGUUGACCAACGUAACUGCAUAGAUACCCUAGUUUGACCUUGACGAUCCUGCUGUGAUGGAGAGUAGAUCCCUAGGUUGACGCUCCAGCUUUUGUUCUUUUCAAGAACAAAUUAAAAUUCACAAAACGGUUGAAACAAGGAGGAUCCGGAAGAUCCCGCCGGCUUCAUACGACAGUAAGUAGCGACGCGACAACGCUUAAGUAAUCAAAGAGACACUGGUGGUGCUGCCACCGAAAUAAAGUCUACUUACUGUGACUUGUCUUGCUUCCAGCAGAAAUCAGCAGGAGUAGCGUUUCCUGUUUUAUUUCUUUUUCCUUGCCGUUGUACUUCCAAAAACCUCUCGUUGCACCAUGGCAACACCUACUUGUUCCGGAAUGGGGACGGUGCUGUCCUUUGACAGCAGUUCUUGCGCCCCGACUGGCUCAACGUCGCAGAGCUCGAGGUCGUCAGCUGCAGAACGGACUGCAACUGCUUCGAGUCGCCCUUCGAGGAGGACGAAAAAUAGACAAGCAGCAACCACGACCUGUCUCCUCGCCGUUUCCGCUUUGCACAUCAACUCCAGCGUUCUAUCAUGUUCAUGCUCCGCCCAAGACAUGUUCGGCGCCUCAGGGGAACUCGCGGGAGCCCCGGCCGCGAUUAUUCCUCCGCUCGACGUGCUUCGCGCCACGGAUAAAGGGUUUCAAUACCGCGAAAUUGAGUCCCACAUGAUAGGCAAAGCCACACCACUAGACCCGGACGCCUGUCACGCCAAAUGUGAGGAACUGGAGGAGUGCGUCGCGUGGGAGGUGUGCGCCCCGCUUGGGAACGGGUGCGACGGGUGCUACCACGUGAGGAUGCGGCCGGAAAUUGUGGAUCACCCUGGGUGGACCAUGGGCUUUGUGAAGGAACGAGCGGAAAAGCUGCCGAUUGGACCGCCACCAGUGGUCAGACCGGACAGUGCGAAGGGCUGCAAGGAGUUCAUUUUGAAGGUAUAGAGAUCGUGGAGACGAGUAGUUGCACAUGAUGCAACCACCUGCUCUGUCGAAAUUGAUUCCUCAUCGUGUCGCCCAUGGAUGGCCAUGCUCAUCGUCAUGAAUGACAGCAUUACCAUUACAUCGCGUUCUCGCUGUAUAUCUCUUCUGGACCUACUAGACAAAACAUUUUUUUUCUCGUUUCAGGCCAAUGGGGGCGAUCCGAACAGCGAAUUUCACAAACCGGCAAAUAUGGACAUUUACAACUGGUGCGGAGAGCAGCUUUUGACCGGCAAACUCGCUGCAGAACCACAUCCGAAGGUAUAGGGUAUGUCAAGCAUACAGUGACUGCAUCUUUUGAGGUGCGAAGGAUGGAUUUGGAUUUCCAACCUCCUUACAUAUCCUUUCUCAAGCCAAAGCCAAAGCUCGGAACUCCAUCAGGAAAAAAAGAAUCUUCCAAAUCACUGUAUUAAAACUCGCAGGACAUCGACGUUCUCGGACAGCACUACCCAGUGUCGCUGAUCACCAACUUCCGCGACCCGAUCCCGCAGAUCCCGGAGGACGUCGAGAGGGAGCUGCGUGGCGGCGAGGCGACCCCCGAGUCCGCGUACUACAACCCAAACGGGCCGGGCACGGUAACGGGCGAGCUACACGCGUCGGUCGGGACGUACGUUUUGCCCCGGGCGCGGAAUCACGCCUUCAUUCUCCCGUUCUACGACACGAACAUCGGGUAUGGAUGUGUCAGGUUUGAAAUCGUCAGAGUUGAAAUAGUUUGUCAUGCAUAAAAUGGAUGAAAUUUGUAACCCAGUUUCCAAGUGGCGCAUGACAAAUUUUGGCGGUGCCUGAACCGAGUUUGUAAUGCUGUUUGGGUAAGGAAGACGCCUUUCUUCAUGCUACUUUAGCAGCUCUAUUGCUACCCCUCAACAGGCUUGCAAUCUGCCUCCCUUGCCUACUCUGCAAGACAGGCACUCUGUGGGUUGCAUUUUAUGCAUCACAAUUUAUUUCAACUUUGACGAUUUCAACCCUGACGCUUCCAUAUCGGGCACUGGAUCAAGGAGUUCGGGUCCAUGAACGUGCUGCAGUCGUAUGAUAUCCCACGAAAAAAGUGUUACAGUUCCACCUUUGUAGUGAAUUCAGCAACGCAAAUAUCUCUGCAUGAGCGAGAAAAACUUGUAAUGCAGAAAUCCUACGGGAAAACACCUAUGAAACGAGGCUCCUAUGCAUAUCCGGCAUGACAGAGCUUGUCAUUGUCUGUCUUGCGUGGCCUGCAGCACAAUGUGUAACUGUAACGCCUUUUUCUUGCGAUAUAUGAAAUGCAGAGUCUACUGCGACCCGGCGACGUGGUGGUGGACGUCGGCGCGAAUCUGGGGAGUUACACGAUCUAUGCAAUGCAAAAGCAUCGUACUAAGUAGUAUAAAUUGCAAUACAAAUUGGCUCAGGAUUACAUAUUAAAUUUGUAAUGCGGAUUCGCCUUAAGAAAGAGAUUUGUAAUGCAUAGACGCAAUUUUUAGUACGAGUGCGAUACUUUUGCAAUGCAUACGAUCCCGUUUGCGGAGAGGGUACUACUGUAACUGGUGUCGCACAUCACUUGAGCUCUUUCUAUCGCCUCAACAUCUGGAAGAAUGAAUUGCAGCUUCACCGCAGAUUGUCAUUGUUCAUCAUCAUCGUGAAGGAGUAGAUCCUGUAUAUGCGUCACCACGUUUUUGAUAGAAAUAGAAUCGAUGUCAAAGGAGCAUCAACGCGAGGACAAUGUAGUUCUUGUAGUUGCUCUAUCAUUGCAUUUUUUUUUUUUCAUCAGGUCGGCCGCCAGGGCAAGGUGCUCGCCUUCGAACCGUUCCGUAUGAACUGCAAAAGUAUCGUCCUCGUAUAAAUGCAUUACAAAUUUCCUCAGCAUGAGAAAUAUAAUUUGUAAUGCGGAUUCACCUUAACAAAAGGAUUUGUAAUGCAUGACUGCAAUACGAGUGCGAUACUUUUGCACAGGAUAUUCCGCUGGAUCCACCAACUCCUGACCGCCAACGUAGCAUUGAACGGGCUUUUAUGCAUUGCAAAUUAUGUCCCUGCAUGUCUGGAAGGAUGCAACUUGUGAUGCUGCAUUUGGAUUCUACAAAAAUCUGUAUUGCAUGAACAGCAAAAGAGGUCCAGUCUUUGCCACGGCGAGCGGGUAAUAUUUCUCAUGCGGUAUGGGCAACAUCGGGAAGCCCCCCUCGCGACAUCUGUGACGCUAGGGCAUGCAUCACAGACAUCAGGAGUCAUGCAAAAUGUGCAUGGCAAACCUUUGUUUCCUUCCAGACCCGCCAGACACAUUUGCAUUUGAUAGCUUUCCAACGUUUACACGUACAACAUGGGUCUCGGCGAGGCCAUAUCCUGUGCAAAAGUAUCGUACUUGUAGUAAUUAUCGCAAUCAUGCAUUACAAAUCUCCCUCCUAACCUAAAUCCGCAUUACAAAUUCCAUUUUUCAUGCUGUUGAGGGAAUUUGUCAUGCGAUUACUAUAUAUUAUAUUCAUGCGAAAAAAGAGGUAGACAGAGGGUAAACAAGAGGUGGCCGAGAGGUCAAAAAGAGGUCAAAAGAGGUAAAAAAGAGGUCGACAGAGGUGGAGAGGUGGCGCGGGACCCCAUUCGAGAGGGUCGGCGAGAGGGUGCGCGAGUAUAGCCCGCCGAAGCGCUCACCCUAAAGUGCCGCCUAAGUGCCUGAGAGGGUGCAGAGAGGUCAAAAAGAGGGGGCGCGAGAGGUCGACAGAGGUGGAGAGAGGUGACGCGAAUAAGGGGCGACCUCUCGCGGACCCUCUUGGCCACCUCUCGGCCACCUCUGUCGACCUCUACCCAUGAGUAUAGCCGGAUUAUUAGCGGGGACCCCCAAAAGAGGUCAAAAAGAGGGUCUGCGGGAGGUCUGCGAGAGGGUAAAAGCACACCCAAGCGGGCGCGAAUCCCCAUGGCGCUCCCCAUAUUUGGCAUUGCAGGCCAUUCGCGGACUUGUUUUGUUCGGCGCCUUUCCGCGCCACCCUCUCGCGCACCCUCUCGCGCCAGCCUCUCGCGCACCCUCUCGCGCCACCCUCUCGCGCAACCCUCUCGCGCCACCCUCCCGCGCCACCCUCUCGCGCUACCCACCCUCUCGCGCUACCCUCUCGCGCCGGGCGGCUUCUGUUCGCCCCCGGUGUUCUUUGCAGCUGCUCCCUGCGCAGAGCGCCCACAGGCGCGGGAAGCGCGCAAGUGGUCCUGUGGGUUGGCGCGGCGCAAGCUCCAGUGUGUUUCGUUGUGCAGGACUCCAGUAUCUUUCGCUGUGCACAGGCGCGUGGCGUUGUGGUCCGAUCGGCAAACUGUCUUGCCCCGGCCCAACAGCCUUGCGCUCCGGCGGCAGGCCAGCCGGAGCAUGGCUGGUUUAUACUAGUGCGAUGCUUUUGCAUUUCAUAGGCCAUGGGAAGCUUCGAAUCGCGGCCCCCGCAGUUACGGUUUUUCAGCUCGCCCGGAGGGGUGAAGCUCAAGGAGCAAGACGCGAACAUGAAACAGGAUAUGCAUUGCAAAUAUGUCUGGGUCUGGAAGGGUGCAACUUGUGAUGCUGUUUAUGGAUUCCAAAAACAUCUGUAUUGCAGGACCAGCAAGUAGAGGAGUCCAGUUUGUGCUACGCGGGGAGGGCAUUUGUUAUGCGGAAUAGGCAUCAGGAAACCCUCUCAAAAUCUGUGACACUAGCUCAUGCAUUACAGGCAUCGUGGGCCAUCGCCAUGCAAAAUAUGCAUGACAAACUAUGCUCUCUUCCAGACCCAGACACAUUUGCAAGUGAUACAGGAGCAAGCGAUGCAACUCUACGACUACGAAAUGGAACCGGAAACGGUGAUGCAAGCGUCUCUGGAUGAGCUGCUCAGCCAGAAGAGCAUCCGAAUGCCCGACGUGCAAAAUUUGAGGUGAUAAAAAAUAUAAAAAAACUACUCCUUUUCUUCGUCAUAAUGCGAAAUUUGCAGGAGUAGAAGGAACUAGCUCAAGCUGUGCACUGUGCCUGGGUCGACGCUAGGUUCAUGUCGUUAUAUCGAUUUUUUUAACCCACACAGCAACUGCCUGAUGAUGCAAAAAGAUUAAACUACAGGCUCAUCAAGAUUGACGUCGAGGGGAUGGAAAACCAAGUGAUUAUGGGCGCGCAGAGAGCCAUCAUGCACUUCAAGCCCAUCAUUUGGACGGAGAAUGUGUCCUACUUCGAGUCCAAUGACACGGGCCUACUGGCGAUCAUGGACCAGCUGAAUUACGCCUGCGGGAAGGCACAAAACGCACCCAACGACUUGAUUUGCACGGACAAGAGCGGACAGGGCAAUCAGAUCAUGUGACGGAGUCGUCGUGUCGACACCACCUACGUUCCGAAUUAUGAUCUUCUAUCUUCGAGCACUAUAAUUAAAGAUUUUUUGUAGCAUCCAAAAGCGCGUUGGAAGGUUGUACCUCCUGCGAGGACAUCGAAUGAAUCUUUUUGUGUAGCUAAUUUGCAUGCAGUAGUUUUCGUCUCUUUUACAUUGGCACACGAAGAUAGACUUUCAUCCGAGUCAGUGGUCGCAUCAGUGCCGCGCGUAGUAGUUCUUUUGUUCGAUCAUGUAGAUGUAGUACUAAAAACGUAGUUCUUGGAUAUUUUAUCAAUGACAAUGAACACCAGCAGCACCGCACGUCGUGCUAAAUCAGUAUCACAACUACAACGGAGCUCCUAUUUGAUGUCCUCGACAAGGACAAGAACAAAGAGAAAUCGAAAUACGACAAAGCUUCUCUACCGACGAAAAAGGAAAGUGUGAUGAAUGAACCGCGAAAUAAUCAACAAAGCGACAAUUAAUUUUAACUCGCUCAGAUUUUUCGUCCAGCGAGUGUCUUUCUUCUACUUGAAAU